AUGUCAAGGAAAGUUUCAUCGGGUUAUAUUACUAGGCAACCAACGAAUCUAUCGAAUGUUCACAAUUCUUUCCGUUUAUUAGGCAAUGAAAAUCUAUUACAUUCGUGGAUAUUUACAGAAGGUUCCUGUGGAUGUACGGGAUCGUAUUAUACAACACUUACAGAUACGAGACUAUUACUGCGAUCAGAAGAUACGAAAUGUUGUGGAUGUUGCUGUAAUCCAAGUUAUACUGAUGCAGCAAUUUUCUUACGUGAUAUCGCUGAAAUGCGUGAAUCUACUGAAGCGCAAGAUUGCUGUUCACGUUUAUUGUCGAAAUGUUGUUUCUGUUGUGUCAACAAUCCCAAAUAUAUGGAAUUAAGAGGUUCGUUUGGUUCAGAAAUUCUUCAUCUCUCAACGUUUGACAUGACCAAUGCACAAAUGGAAAUUCCGGCAGCUAUUGGAAACCAUAAACUCGUUAGCCAAUAUUGA